UAUGUAUAGAUUUUAGAAACAGGCAUCCGUCCAAGUUCAACUCCGCCAGGGUUUCAUCUUCUUCAUUUGUCCAGAGUCUCACGCAGACGGUUUCGAGUAAGGUGCUCGAGUUCAAGUUAGGAUAUUACACUGAAGACGCAUGGAAACUCUGAAAUUUUUUUCCCAUUUCCGAGAGAUCUCUCGGUACCAGAGAUGUGUUUCCGUCUCCGAGAUUCCUCUUCGUCUCUUGGUAACACUUCUGAUGCAAGAUUGAAGCCAUAAUCGUUCAUUUGGUUAUUCCUUGAGGUACCAUAGCAAUCUAUUAGUUGAUACAAUAUAAACAAUAGUGCUAAACAAGAACAAGAGGAAUCAUGAAGUUUGGUAAACGUCUUCAAAUCCAGAUGGAGGAAACUCUCCCUGAGUGGCGAGAUAAAUUUUUGUCUUACAAGCCUCUCAAGAAGAGGCUCAAGCAGCUCUCAGAUCCUGAGUAUUUAGAAGCUGUUAUGUUCUGUACACCUAGUCCUCCACUCAAUGGGAACACCACAUCAGUAGUAGAUGCAGCUCUUAUCGAGCUUAGAAAGGACAGUUCUGUCCUUGCGGAUGGUAUAGAGGGGUUACGAAAUGACAGUAGAGAUGAAGUGGGUAGUUUGAAGCCUGCCCCAAAGAUCAUAGAAACAAAUGAUGAGGUGUCAAGUCAAUGUAGUGUCCAUGAAGAAAGGAACAUAGAAAGGAAGAAGGGAGUCCUUGAAGGGGAAGAUUUCAUUCAACUCAUUUAUGAGGAGCUAGAGAAAUUCAACAACUUUUUCUCAGAAAAGGAAGAAGAGUAUGUCAUUUACUUGCAGGAGGUCAAGGAAAGGAUUGAGCAGUUAAAGGAAAAGAGCAGACAAAAUGGAAUGGAUGGCUCAGAAAACGAAUUCAAUGAAGAAACGGUGGCAAUCCGCAGAGAUAUUGUCACUAUCCAUGGUGAGAUGGUACUGCUUGAGAACUAUAGUGCUCUCAAUUUUACAGGAUUGGUGAAAAUUUUGAAAAAAUAUGAUAAGAGAACUGGUGCAUUGCUACGUUUGCCAUUUAUUGAGAGUGUUCUUCAACAGCCAUUUUUCAGGACAGAACUGCUUGCAAAGCUUGUCAAGGAAUGUGAGGCCAACCUUCAGAGCAUCUUCCCAUCGAUUCCUGUGGAUGAUGUUGGAGUUGAUACAUAUGAGCCAGGGCAGGGAGCUAAUUCACAACAAACAUCAUCCUCACUUCAAGGAGACGCCGUAGAAAGUAUUUACAGAAGCACGCUUGCUGCUUUGAGAACUAUCAAGGAUCUUAGGAGAGGCAGUUCUACGUAUAAUCCUUUAUCUUUCUCACACUUUCUUCCAAGCAAUAGUGACGAUGACUUGGUUGCUAUUGACACUGAUAAAUCCAAGUCAAAUUCUUAAUAUUCCAAGAAUAAUUGCAUGGCAGAGAAUUAGGGGAAUGUUAUAUCCACUUUUUAAUAAGGUAAAUAUGGGCCAGCCUUACGUUGAAAAAAAUGGAGGCUUCCCUUCUUCUGAGCAGGAAGAAGUGGCUGUACCCUGAGUUGGGAGGGAGGUAUUUAGCAGAGAAACAAGGCUGUAAUUUUACUUCUACUGUAUAGAUUUGCUUCUGAGAUAAGAAAAGAAGAGGAUUAAUUUAUAAACUUUGUGCAAGAAUGCUUGCAAAUCGACACAUGCCAACAACUUUAAGAACAGUAGCAGCUACAUCUGUUAGCACUGUUUGGUUAUGUUUAUUUAUUCUGCAUCUUCUGAACUGUACAAUCAGUGAUAAAGCAAGGCUUAACUGAAGCUGAAUGUGACUGCACAUUAUUACUCCAUUUUGUUUAAAAAUCCAGUUUUAUUCUUGUGUUGUUAUUA